AUGUCGCUUCUCUCAUGGUUCCACCCGUUGCCUCUGCCCCGGGCCAGACGGGCGCCAGCAUCUUCUGUGGUGACAGACGACGACAUCGAAGCCAAUCUUCAGAUGCUCUGCACCCCGACUCUGUCGGGAACCCCUGGAAAAAGUACCGAUCAAAUUUCACAUCGAAACAUCCAGAGUCUGCAGACACUGCUGGCGUUUCUGGAUGCAAAAGCAGAACGUGAAGGCUCACUUCUCUGGAGCUUCACACCCAGGACAUAUGGCAUUCUCCGGAGCAUCGGCGCACUCGAGUUCAUGGACGAAUUUAGGGCGAAAAGUUUCAACGACUUCUAUCUGCCGUACAAUGAGCGGACUUUGCCGGACUUCCUGCAACAGAAAGACGGAAGGGACCUAAGACAGGCAUUCCUAGACGCGCAAAGCUAUUUCCUGACCAAUACAAAACUCGUUGAAACGGACGGCACUUCAACGCACUUCGAUGCCGAGAAUGGUGACAAUAUUUUCCAGCCCAUCAGGUCCCUGGGCCAGGGGAGCUUUGGCGGUGUAGAUCUCGUAUACAGCCGGUUGAGUCUGAGGCACUACGCUCGUAAGAGGGUCCUUCGAGGUCGCGACUCUGAGAGGAGCCGCGAGGCUCAGCGCACCCUGAUUGGCGAGCUGAGGCACUUGAAGCAACUAAGCCAUCGCCACCUAGUCAAGAUCAUUGCAAGCUACACAGAUCUAGAGUACAUAUCGUACAUCAUGGAGCCAGUGGCAGAAUUGGAUCUGGAACGUCUCCUAGCGAUGCCAGGGGCUAUUACACCCGAAUAUCAAAGCGUGCUCCGAAGAUUCUUUGGCUGUCUCGCUGGGGCUGUCAACUAUCUCCAUCAGAGCAAGAUCAGACAUAGGGACAUCACUGCGCGGAAUAUCUUGAUCUACCGUGAAGAGGUUUACAUCAGUGAUUUCGGCUCGGCCUACGACUGGUCGAACCGCUCUGUCAGUGCCACAAGGCAUCAUCAUAUACCAGUCAGUCCGGAUUACCAAGCGCCGGAGAUUGCGAAAAGAGAAGAGCGCGACUCCAAAAGCGACAUGUUCUCAUUGGGAGUGGUUUUCCUGGAGAUGACGACAAAGUUGCUCGGUCGUUCAACAGCUGAACUCAAGCGUGUAAUCGCGGGUAAUGCAAGAAAACACAACUCCGACCAGCCUUAUGUCUACGCCAACCUUUCUGUAGUCCUCACCUGGCUGGAUGAAUUGACGAAGGGAAACACUGUUGAGCACGACAACGAGCCACUCGUCUGGGUGAGGGAUCUGCUUCAGGAGAAGCCACGCAAUCGACCAUCCGCGAAGGGCCUCAUGAAAGACAUACUGGAGUCGCCAUCAUUCCGCAGCUUUUGCUGCUUCAAGUGUCAAGGGGAUUUCGAAGAGCGAGCUUUUGAAUACGAUGCGGCGCUGCAACGUGACGAGCUUCUCGAGGACUCCACGGCCACUAAAAGGACCGUGGCAAACUUGUUCGGUGAGGAAGCAUCGUCAUCAGCGAAUGGCGUGUCUGCACAGAAAAGUGAUUCUGUCGAACAAUGGCUCGGCGUUACGAGGCUCGAUAGGGGUGAUGAAGUCGCCAUGCCUGGAGCUUUUCCUGAUGUUCAGGAUGUGUAUGUUGGCAGCGGGCGAGGCGUCGAUGAUAACAACAGCCUUCUCUCUGCUACCCACGCACAGAAUUGGUACCUCAGUCCUGAACUUCAUGAAGGUGACCAAUGGUAUACCCAGAGCAUCUUGGCCACCGAGCCUGACGAACUUGCCACUCAAUCCUACCACAACAUUACGUCGCCAGCGGGAUAUUCGGAAUCUGCAGCUGUUGACCCGGCGGUCUCUGAUCAUGAGAGAAACCUCCGCGACACGGGCCUAGGGUUUAUGGAGUAUGGAAGUAGUGACUCGGACGAGGAUGCAGAGCACCAGAUGUUCGAGGAGUACUCAGACUCAUCAGACACGAGUUCCGAAAGCGAAUCCGCCUCCGACACUCAUCUGGCAUCAGGAAUUCAGUCAACUAUCAAGGAGCUCGGCAUCAUUGUGGAAGUCGACGAGAUCCAGUCUGAAGACGGCGCCUCAGAGGAAGACGACAACAAUGACCACCGAUACGAGGAAGUUUCCGAUGAUUCCACCAUCGAUGGGGAGACACAAAAUCUGGGUGAACAUCUCCAAAGUAACAAGUCUGAGCCGGUGGACAUUUCAUUGGACUCUUCCUAUCUCACAGCCCAGGCUCUAAGUGAUUUGCGGCUGCCGUUUCCCGUUGUCGCUGGAUACCUCGAGAGUCAAUGCGCCGACAUGAACCUAGAGGAGUCGGCCACCAAAGGACCGAAGGCAGUCACUUGUGAAGACGAUCCGGAAGAUGCAAUGUCUGAUGGUCUUCGAAAUCCAGAUCACUCAACACUGGAUUUGGGAGGGUCGGUAUUGAUUGAAUGGCCCACCGAACAGGGUACCGAUCAACAAGGAACGUCUGCUCCAGAUGAAUCAUAUAAAUCGCCAAAGCACCUCGGGACCAUCCUCGAGAGAUCUGCAGAAAAUGCUUCUCAGUCAAGUGAGAACGAGGGCGGCAUCGCGUCGCCGUCGUCGAUGACCGCACAAGUCAUACCUGAUCCACCAGAUUCCAAUGAGACAAGGCAAAGCUCUGGUCAGACGAGGUCGUCGGCCUCGAGGAGCCCUCGCGAGCGGACAGCACUUCCGGCGAUCAAUGCCAAAUCGCUCAUGAAGACAGCCUGGGACUCGGCCUCGGCGGGUGCGCCAACUUCUGUCAUGUCUGAAGCUACGAAAGCGAAGUUCUCACGCAUACUUGUCCCGUUUGACCAGUUCGAUAGGAUGCACAACCUGCUGAGAGAUUACUGCAAGCGAGGCAAGGCCAGCGCCGUCAAAUUUCUCUUGCAGAAGGGGUGUAACCCUGGCACGAAGAAGCACCCACGUGGUGCGCCACUUCUUGCAGCGGUCCAAGGGGCGAGCGAAAGACACAACAAGUGUGCUCGAGAGCUCAUUAAACAUGAUGUCAACGUGAAUGUGAAGAGCAAGAAGUCGGGCAAAUCAGCAUUGCAUCUGGCUGUCGAGAACGAUGAAUUCCAGGGCUACGUCAGGCUCGUUUGGCUGUUGGUAAAUGCUGGGGCUGAAACGAACAUGCCUGAUGAGAAUGGCGACUUCCCACUGACGAAGGUCUUCUUCGGUGCGGGAUCUCUUCCGCUUGAGAAGCAUCGUCUUGAGGCCUUGGCUGUGCUUCUCCAGGGCGGAGCUGAGCCGAACCUACAUGCCUCCGGUACAGGAAACACUCCUCUACACUUGGCUGUACGAAGGCAGGACAAGUGGGCCGUUGCCAUGCUUCUACACAAAGGGGCCGACGUCAACGCGAAGAACUCCUCCGGGGCGACUCCUCUGCAGAUGACAGCAAACCAGUUCCGCGGUGACCUGGGCCAUGACCACGCUCAAGUCCUGGAUCUCUUGUUACAGGCUAAAGCGUUGAUCGACGAGAGAGCCGGCGCACUGAGCCGAACAGCCCUUCACUUAGCAGUCACCUCGGGGACUGCACACGCGGUGAAGCUUCUCCUCGACUAUGGGGCAGACCCGCUGCUUGCCGACAAGAAUGGCGACACCGCCAUCAUGCUCGCCAUCAAGGGAGCAGCCAAGAUGACGGCUGACCCGGACAGGAUCGAGGACCACGUCGAGGUUAUGGACCGGCUGGCGAAGAAGCUUGGUCCCUCGUGGGCACAUGCCACUGACUUUCAAGGCAUGUGUGCUGUGGAAGCUGCUUGCUCGGGCGACCACAUGGAUCUCUUGCGGACCCUCCUUGCCGAAGGCGACCUCGAUCCGCGCUCCAAGUUCCGCGAUGGGACUGUUCUAGACUUUGCCCGGAAGAAUGGGACGCCGGGGGUGCAGGAGGUGAUUGAGCGAUACGUGAAGUGA